AUGGCAUCGCCAGCCAAGUCUGGCAUCCAGACUGGUGCUGACGGUGCUUCCUUCAUCCCAUCUUCACGGCGAGCAGAUGGAUCAACUCGGAAAGAAAUCCGUGUUCGCCCCGGGUAUCGGCCACCCGAAGAUGUCGAAACUUAUAAGAACCGCAGCGCUGAAGCCUGGAAGAAUCGUGGUAAAGGUGGUGUGCUGGGGGCUGAUUCUGAUCCUCAGCCGGCCGACAGCGAGGCUAAAAGCAAGAAUGCGAAACGAAGGGAGGCUGCUCGAAGAAAGGCAGCGACCGAAGGCCACGAGGAUCAACAACUUUCCUCAGCUAUGAAGGAUGCAUCACUAGAGGCGGAGGGGAAAGCGAAACAGAACUGGCGAAAUCCAGACAAACUUGCCACCAGUGAAUCUGCCGAUGUCAAUACUGAUGCGGACAGUCAAAAAAAGAUCAGAAAUGCUCUGAAGAAGCUAAAAGCCGUGCGUGAGCUGAAGGCUAAGAAAGCCGCCGGGGAAAAAUUGUCUACCGAUCAACUCAUGAAGAUCAGCAAGGAGGAAGAGCUUGUCCGUGAUUUGAAGAAAUUAGGCUUCGAUGGAUCUGACCUGGACGAAGGACAGUAUGAUGUGGCCCCAGCGACCGGCUGA